AUGCCGAACUCUCUUGCCCGGGUCUCGGAGCUUCUCAAGACUGAGGAUGACUUGGCCAAAGUGGCCACCAUUAAAGAACAAUUUGCCAAAGAAAAGGCGUCCAUCGACGUGAAGUUGAACGCAGCGCUCCAACAGCAAAUCGAGACCAUCAUGCGCAACAUCCGCAACCUCAACAGCUCAUCGGCUAAGAUCGCAACCGUCAAGACGAACUUACUGACAAUCGAUGCGAUUUACCGCGAUUCCAAGACGUCGAUUGCGCGCUACGAUGUGAUCCAGGAGUUCACGCGUAUGCACGCGUACAUCCAGGAAACGGGCGAGUUGUACACCAACAUGUCGCACUUCCAUGUACACAUGAAGGAGGUGGAGGCACUUAUUGACUCAGAACUCUCACAGGGAAUUCAGAUUGACUCGCUGGUACCGCAGCUUUUGCGAAUCCACUACAAUCUCAACGCGGCGGCCAACUUCCGCGACCGCUUGGAGCGGUACGCGGCGACGACUAACUCCGACUUCCGCUCGAUCGUGGCGCGCAUCGUAGCGCCGCUUGUGCCCGCCGAAGAGAAGUUCCGUGGCAUGUUGCACGACAUUAUCACGGGCUUGGUGGAGUCGCUAAAAGACGGAAAUGUCGCCUUAGUGUUGAAGGUAUUCCGCGUGGUUGAGUACGAAGAGCGCGAGGACUUGAAGUUGGCGUUGGCCGAAAAGUUGGGCCUGGAAGCUGGGCUGAGUCUCACGAGCCAGCGGUCAAAGCCACGCGAAUACUUUGCCUUUUUUUUGAAAUCGAUCGAGGACUCGAUCAACGAGACGUUCCAAAAUUGCGAGGAUGCAUUCGAGAACAAGAUUGACGUGUUAGACAACUUGGACUGGAUUUUCAAUGACCUCCUCAUGGUGAAAAAUGAGCUUAUGAAGUACGCACCCGCGCGCUGGUGCUUGUUCGACCGCUACUACACGUUCUACCACGCGCGGAUGCAUGCGUUUAUUAACGAGACUGUCGCACGCGACCCCAGCUCCGAAGAGAUUCUCCGCAUCCUCAGCUUCGAUAAGCUCUACACGGAUGUGGCGGUGAACGAGCUUCAGAUUGCUAAGAAAGAUAUCAAGCCGUUGUUCAAGGAUAAGGAAGAGUUUUUGGACAACUAUCUUACGUUGAUGACGGACAAGGUGACGGAGUGGAUGGGCAACUUGGAGGUGCGUGAACAAGAGGAGUUCAAGGCACGCACGCACCUGCCGGAGUCCGCGGACGACCUCUAUACAUUGCAGGCGAUCACAACGAUUUUCCAGAUCUUCAACCAGCAGAUUAAUAUUGCAGCAGAUUCUGGCUACGGAAAGAUCGUUAAUGGGGUUGUUGCAAGCUUCUGUGCUAUUUUGAACCGCCGCACUACGCACUGGAACGCGUUGUUGCGUGCUGAGGUCGACGCCACGCUCAACAGCACGAGAAACAACGUACGCGCCACAAUUGGUAGCAACGCCGAGGAAGUCAGCCCAGGGCUCCUUGAAUACACAAUUGCGCUCGCAAAUGACCAGAUCAAGUCCGUGCACUACUGCGAGACGAUCUUGGACAGCUAUAGCGGCAUGUUGUCGCGCAAAUACCAGGAUGAGGUGUCCGCCAGCUUGAACCAGGUCAUGGAUGGCUUUGUGGAUUUGGGGAACAACUGUAUUCACAGUUUGGUAGUUAUCAUGUUCAACGACUUAAUCCCUAACUUUGACUUGAUCCUCUCUAGCCAGUGGUACAAGCAGAAGUCGCCUGACAAAAUCGUGCAGCCGAUCGCGGAAACGUUGAUGGACUAUUUGACUGACUUUGAGAGCUCGCUCAAUGGCGUCCUUCUCGACUUGUUGGUGGAUUCUACUGUGGACUACACCAUCUUGUACUACUUUAAGGCGAUGCGGUUUAAGCAUAAGUUCAAGAACGACAAGCUCUUCGGUUUGGUGACCCGCGACGUGGAGCUGCUUUUCCCUGUUUUUGCGCCGUUCUACAACUCACCGGACGAAGUGCGCACCGUGGAAGUGUUACAACGCAAGUUCCGUGUGUUUGAGUUGUUCAUGGACCUCGUGAGCAUCGAACGUGAUCAGAUCCCCGGCACCUGGAAUGAGAUCUUGGACGAGUUCAGCGACUUUUCGUUGGAGUUUAUCGAGGGGGUCUUGUCAUGCCGUAAGGACAUUGAUAGUGCCCACGCCGCGUUGCUUCUUUCCGAGUUGAAGGGCUUGAGCGAGGCAUUCAAAUACAAAAGCCAUGCCGUUCCGUUGGUUGCAACGUUCAUGAAGAAGUUCAGGUUGGAAGGGGACAUCCUUUAG